AUGGCUGACAAAGAAAAACAAAAGGUUACUGCAGAUGUAUCCUCAUCAGAGGAAAACAAACUUGAUUUUGCUGGUGUUGCACAACCUGCAACCAGUACCCCCAAAACCACAAAAGAUGGUAACCCUGUUAAAACAGAGGUAUCUGUACCUGCUGAACAUUUACAAAGUGCAAAACCAAAGGUAUCUAUACCUGAUCACAAUGUUCCUUUACAUCUUGGACAAAAGCACAAUCCCUUUGCAAAGUUAGCUUGUAAUUUUGGUGAUACUAGUAGUAGUGGUAGUAAACUACAAAAUACCUUUUAUGAUAAGGAUGGGAAUAGCAUCAACCAGGUGUAUGAGUUUAAUACUAACAUCCCAAGAAUCCCACAAUUCUCGGGUGAUGACCCUCCUCAGAAGGGGGAUGUUUCAUACAAAGAGUGGAGAUUUGAAGUGCAGUGCCUAAUGCGUGACCCUGAUAUAAAAUCAAAUAUUCUGAUACAAAGUAUUAGACGGUCAUUAAGGGGUACAGCAAAAACAAUGUUAAUUCCGCUAGGUGAGAAGGCUGGUGUUAAGCAAAUUUUAGAAAAACUUGACAUUUUGUUUGGUGAAAUUUCCAACAAUGGCAUGAUUAUGCAAGAAUUUUUCAAUGCAUUUCAACUACCAGGUGAGUGUGUAACAGCAUUUGGGUGUAGACUUGAAACAAUGCUACAGAAUGCCAUAGAUAAUGGUUAUCUUGAUCGUGCAUCUAAGAAUGACUUAUUACGGCAUAAGUUUUGGACUUCAUUGAGUUCAGAGAAGCUUAAGUCUCAAACAAGACAUAAAUAUGAUGACAUCAAGAAUUAUGACAAGUUGUUGUUAGAAAUAAGAAGGGUAGAAAAAGAAAUUUUGAUAAGUUCUAGCAUUUCAGAGAAAAAGCCAGUUCAUCAACAUGGUAUGUCAGUAUCUGAAGACUUAGAGGAGAAGUUAAUGGAGAAGAUGAGGAAUAUGGAGACAAAAUUGGAAGGUAAGAUAAAUGACAAGUUCAACCAGAUACUAGAAAAAUUGGAUGGUAGAACAGGUAAUGUAGCAAGUAGACCUACAGAAAACAGAGGUAGAGGCAGUUACUACAGAGGCCGUGGAGUUUGGAGAGGCAACUCUAAUUACUACAGAGGUAAUUCAAAUGACAAAAGGAUUAAUGCUGGUCGAGGUCAAGGACAGAGACGGGAUCAAGGAAAAAGAACAGGUAAUUAUAACCCAAACGAAUAGAGGUCUCUGAUGAAGGCCGACCGGGGACCAUGAUUUCAAGUGAAGGCCAGCAGUUAAAAUGCAAAAUGAUUGGUGAGUCAAAUGAGACUAUU